GUACGUUGUUAGACCAGUCGUUGGUGAUGAUGCUGUCAUCACUGAACAGUCGACGGGUAAAUGGCCGUAGUCGUGGAUCUGAAUCAUCUUCUUUUUUUAAAUUUCUAUUUGACAUCAUAUUAAAUGUAGUGUUUCUUGAACUUGGCGAAUUGGUUCGAUCAAAGCCGACGGCAAUUUUAUUGAUUGAUCGAUGUAUUGAGACAGUAGUAGUUGUCACAGUUUGCGUGAAUAUAUUCUCUGUGGGCCAUACUGCGUGUGUUCAUAUUUUGGAGUUAAAAGAUAGAGCCAUCUUAAAAUAGUUGACUGCUAAAACUUCAACGAUUUGUGAUUUGAAAGACGAAGUGCAACUAACUGUGUCGUUGUGUUGCCUCGGGCUGGCGACAUGGGUGAACUACUGAUGUUAUCUUAGACUGUCAUGAAUCACCUGGAUUCUUGUGGCACGUGUUCUUGCCGCGCGUCGAUUUGUUAAUGACAAUGAUGUCCGAGUGUUACGUAGAUCUGGUGCCGUUUGUGAGCAGUCCGAGGAAAUGGAACACCGGAGAUGGGAUUAACAACAAUGACCACUGCGUGCUGGACAUGGGGACUAUUCACACUCAAGGUGAGAUGUGGGGGGACCAUUCACACACACCAGGUGAGACAUUAGGGAAAACUCAGACACACAAGAUAAGACAAAGGGGGACAACUCACACAAACACAAGGUAAGACAAAGGGGACAACUCACACAAACACAAGGUAAGACAUGGGGGACUAUUCACACACAAUGAGAGACAUGGGGGGGGGGGCUACUCGUUCAUGGUAAGACAUGGGGGACAACCCACACACACAAGUCCAGGAAUGGGGUACAACUCACACACAUAAGGUAAGACAUUGGGACUAUUCACACUAAAGAUAAGACGUGGGGACUAUUCAAACACAAGGUAAGACAUGGGGACUAUUCACACUAAAAGUAAGACAUGGGGGACAUUUUACACACUUAUCUCAAUACAUGAGGGAAAAAUCACACACACAACUCAAGACAUGGGGGACAACUCACUCACGCAGAAGGUAAUAAAUAGGGGAUAACUCACACUAGAGACCGACCGAAAGUGAUUUUCUGAAUUCGGCCGAAGACGAAAAUAGGCCGAAAGUUUAAAAAUGACUUUCGACCGAAACCGAAAAUGAAAUAUUUAAGAAUUUUCAAAUUCGUUCCCGCAUACAUUCUGCAUGCAUCGAAAAUGAUGGGGGAAAGUAUAAAUAUUUGCAUUCGUUUUAUUAAAAAAUGCGAUAAUCGUGAAUAUUAAUAAAUAAGCAUUCUAAUAUUACAUCUUGUUGUUAAAGAUGGUUUAGAUUUUUCUUAAAGAUCACUUAGUUUGUUGUUAAAGAUCGUUUAGUUUUUUGUUAAUGAUCGCUUUAUUUGUUUUAAAGAUCGGUUAGUUUGUUCAUAAAGAUGGCUUUGUUUGUUGCUAAAAAUCGUUUAUUUUGUUUUUUAAGAUCGCUUAGUUUUUUCUUAAAGAUCCCUUAGUUUUUGUUUAAAGAUCUUUUAGUUUGUUCUUAAAGAUCAUUAGUUUGUUUUUAUAGAUCUUUUAGUUUGUUAUUAAAAAUCGUUUAGUUUGUUCUUAAAGAUCGCUUAUUUUGUUGUUGAAGAUCGCUUAGUUUUUUUCAUAAUGAUCGCUUAGUUUGUUCUUAUAGAUAAUUGAUUUUGUUCCUUAAGAUCGAAUAGUUUGUUAUUAAAAAUCUUUUAGUUUGUUCCUAAAGAAAAUUUAGUUUUCUGUUAAAGAUCACUUAGUUUAUUCGUAUAAAUUAUUUAGUUUACUAUUAAAGAUCAUUUGUUUUGUUCUUAAAGAUCAUUUAGUUCGUUCUUAAAAAUCGCUUAGUUUGUUCUUUAAGAUCGUGUAGUUUUUUAAAUUAAAGAUCGCUUAUAUUGUUCUUAAAGAUCGCUUAGUUUGUUUUAAAGAUCAUUUAGUUUGUUCUUAAAUGUCGCUAAAGUUUGUUGUUAAAUAUUGCUUUCGCUGAGUAUAAAAUGGUAUAAAAUGACCGAAAACCUCAGAAAACCGGAAAAAAACGAAAGUUAUCUUUUCUCUUUCGGCCGAAACCGAAACUUGGCCGAUAAAAUGUCUACUUUCAGCGCCGAAGCCGAAACUCGGUCGGGCUCUAACUCACACACACACACAAGUCAAGACAUUGGGGGGGGGGGUAAAAACACACACAAGUCAAGACAUGGGAUACAACUCACACACACACAAGUCAAGACAUGGGGUAUAAAAUGUCUACUCUCAGCGCCGAAGCCGAAACUCGGUCGGGCUCUAACUCACACACACACACACAAGUCAAGACAUUGGGGGGGGGGGUAAAAACACACACAAGUCAAGACAUGGGAUACAACUCACACACACACAAGUCAAGACAUGGGGUACAACUCACACACACGCAAGUCAAGACAUGGGGUACAACUCACACCCACACAAGUCAAGACAUGGGGUAUAACUCACACACACACAAGUCUAGACAUGGGGUACAACUCACACACACAUCAGGCCCGUUCUUAGGCAUACGCUGACUACGCAUCCGCGUAGGGCCCCGAACGUGAGGGGGGGGCCCGUGAGGCGCCCUCGAUCCCCCGGUUUUUUUUUAAAGUGGCACUGCAGCCGUCUGUGUCACUCACGUUACCUUCCUCAUCCUGAAGUUUAUCAUUCUGGGUUGAAUUCUGAGGCAGGGGAAGGGAAGCCGGGGGCGAUCUCCUUCCUCAAAAUAAGGAAAUAAGUGCCACCAGAGCCAUUCUUAGGCAUAUAGGCAAACUAGGCAACCGCCUGGGGCCCCACUACCACCUGCAUGUCCAUAUAUUUCAGAAGUACACAUUUUCUAUUGUGGCGGAAUUAUCAAUAUGGUUAGUGGUUACACGCGAGCAAAGAGGAAACAUUGAUGAAGGCAGAAUGGAGGUGCCGCAGUGGUGGGUGGUGUUUUCUCCUCAGCUCGAGGGAGCUCCAACCCCGGACCCCCCCCCCCUUUCGGGGCCCCCAACUUACGCUCCAUGCUUAGGGUCCCCAAACUCCUAUAAGAACGGCUCUGCACACACAAGUCAAGGCAUGGGGUACAACUCACACACACACAAGUAUUGAACUGGAACACUCGAUACCCCCGUUGUCACUCUGUUAUCUGCCACUGACUCUAGUGCCACGGGUUUGAUACACAGACCUCCAUCAUAUUUAGUACCUCAGUAAACUGUUACAAUGCAUCAUUAUUUGUGAUACCUUUUGAUAGAGGAUAUCUCCCUUUUCAUGUCUUAUCUUAUAAAUGAUUAUGCGAUUAAUUUAUCUUUUAUAUUUGAGAACUCAUUUAUUAUUCGAUGUAUUUUGUAUUUGUGAUAUUACUUUUCUCUGUGAUAUCCGAUCUUUAAAGAUAUUAAUAUUGCUUCUAUUUUUUGUAUUUCUACUUCCACUUGGGAGUAUAACUCUUCUGCGUGGGACGACUCGUCUAGCCGGGAUAUCUCCUUCAUUGUUGGAAAGUUAUUCCCCUGGACAACUGAUGGCGUUACUUUACGCCCGCUGGCCGGGCACCCGAAAGCCUCGCCACAUGAACUCCUGUCAUCCGUGAUGUGGUUGUGACGUGGCUAGUGUUGUAUCAUGACUUCAAGUUAGUCACAGAUCUUUUUAUCGUGUCCACCUUUACCCAGGCAACCCGGACACAUAUCCGUGUGGGUGUCGCAUGUCCACGUGCCGCGGUGAAGGCUUUAAUGUUUCUCAGCGCUGGGGGUGCCAUUUGAAGAUUAUUAUCUGGGGGACAUUGCGUCUCUUUCAGAAAGGGGUGUAUUUAUUUACUUUUCAAAAGGUUGGACAGGUCGCCUUUCAACUUCCCGUUAGUGUUUAGUCCCGUACCGGCGUACCGCCCUCUAUCCACCCAUUGUCCUGUUCCAUCCUCCAUCUGUCCAUAGUCCCGUACUGCCCUCCAUCCAUAGUUACAAACUAAAAUAAAAAAGAGUAGGUUGAGUAAGAAAAUAACAUUUCAAUUUUUAAGACGAGUCAAGAAAAAACUAUUUUUUACGUGAUAAUUCGGGUCCGUAAAAUCAGAUCGCGUUAUAAGCUUGGUCGCGUUAUUGCAAUAUUGUUGCAAUAUAAUGUGCGAGUUGAAGUGGGAAUUUUAGUAGGACUAUUUAAAAUUCAUUUUUUCUCUUGUGGUUAGUUAGUGAACCAUGCAUGUGAUGUUGAUUUUGUACUAGUCUUAGUGGAUUUGUGAUAGAGUUGUACAACAGAGAAUAUGUGUUUAGCAUAAUAUUUUUAUUUUUUUUUAUUUACCGGUACUUUGAAGAGAAAAAAAUCGCCAAUGAAAAUGGGAGCCAUGCCAACAGGAGAAGUUUUCCCGUUCUCGCUGAAGCGGGGUUUCGGUAUAUCCAAAGCUGUUUCCCACUUAUUCCUUGCGGUCCGGUUGAUUGGGCAUUUUUUUAAAGUGAUUGCCAUCAGCAUCAUUCAAUGCAUCGCUUUAUUGCAUAACACGUUCAAUCCCUUUGUCUUAAAAGGCUGUGGAAUCGAAACUCAAUCUUUCGCUUCUUCGUGUUUGUCAAGAACUUUAGCCCACCCCCUUUGUUUUUUCCAUGUUUUUUUCUUUGCGUUAUUUCACAGGCAGGAUAAAUAUGCAUAUAGAAAUGUAAAAAUUUAGUUUAAAUUCAUGCAAUUUGUGUGGUUUUUUUCCUUCUGAUUGAUGGGGGCAUUAGCGAAAAGUUGUUUUUUUUCCUUCUGAUUGAUGGGGGCAUUAGCCGAAAAGUUGUUUUUUUUUCCUUCUGAUUGAUGGGGGCAUUAGCCGAAAAGUUGUUUUUUUCCUUCUGAUUGAUGGGGGCACUAGCCGAAAAGUUGUUUUUUUCCUUCUGAUUGAUGGUGGCAUUAGCCAAAAAGUUUUUUUUUUUAAAACUAAAGCUUAACAUUUAAAUGUUUUAAAAAAAUAAAAAAGUUUUCCUAAAUUGUUUGUGUCUUAUUGUUGUUUUUCUAUGCGACACCUCUGGUUUGACCCCCGCCUUUGGGGGUAAGGAGGCACCCCACGUUUGUAGUUGGUCGGUGUUACAAACCGGUAUCUUACCAAGGUUCGUUGGAUUCGUUUGUCUAGGGGUUAUUGUAUUAACUACACAAACCGUAGACUCUUGGAAUGAAGUAUCUUUACUAACCAAACUAACAUUGUCCACUGCCAUUGCUCAAUCACAACACAACUACACCACAAUACGUCAUGUCCCCCUUACGCACAAUACGUCACAAAAUACCAAACAUUUCAUAGCGACAUCUACCCAAAUACUCUCCAAACAACACGCCAUCACCAUAUACAUACUAGUCCUUAACAGUCGGGGCACUGGCCAAACAAAGGUUUGGGAAGCACUGACAUAGAGGUCAAAGAUUGCCGUGGUUUUAUGGGCUCAUUUAAUGUUUGCAAUUAUUUGGAGUGUAACAUGUUCAUGCGAUAUUCCGGUAUAACUCCGUGGCUGGCCGAACAUUGGCGCUGUUGCACACGUUGAAAUAGUCUUGUUUUUAAUUUUAGGGUGAUUUUAUUGUUCAACUAUUUACGCUCAGAUGUGUCACUGGCCACUGGGUCUAUGUCAAACUGACAGACAGCCAGCCGACAGACAGCCAGCCGCCAGAAGUGUAGCUGGGGGGGGGGGGCAGGGGGGACAUGCUAGUUAGUAGCGCCAAAAUGGGCUUUGAUAUUACUUUAUUGAUGAAAAUAAUGGGUUUGAGGGUUGAAAAAAAAAGAAAUCACUGGCCACUGGGUCUAUGUCAAACUGACAGACAGCCAGCCGACAGACAGCCAGCCGCCAGAAGUGUAGCUGGGGGGGGGGGGCAGGGGGGACAUGCUAGUUAGUAGCGCCAAAAUGUGCUUUGAUAUUACUUUAUUGAUGAAAAUAAUGGGUUUGAGGGUUGAAAAAAAAAGAAAUGGAGGCGCUUUAAAAGGAAACUUUUUCCCGGGCGCCAAACACACGCCAGAAUGUUCUGUUACCAUGUCACACGCCAGAAUGUUCUAUGUUACCAUGUCACACGCCAGAAUGCUCUAUGUUACCAUGUCACACGCCAGAAUGCUCUAUGCUACCAUGUCACACGCCAGAAUGUUCUAUGCUACCAUGUCACACGCCAGAAUGCUCUAUGCUACCAUGUCACACGCCAGAAUGUUCCAUGCUACCAUGUCACACGCCAGAAUGCUCUAUGCUACCAUGUCACACGCCAGAAUGUUCUAUGCUACCAUGUCACACGCCAGAAUGUUCUAUGCUACCAUGUCACACGCCAGAAUGUUCUAUGCUACCAUGUCACACGCCAGAAUGUUCUAUGCUACCAUGUCACACGCCAGAAUGUUCCAUGCUACCAUGUCACACGCCAGAAUGUUCUAUGCUACCAUGUCACACGCCAGAAUGUUCCAUGCUACCAUGUCACACGCCAGAAUGUUCUAUGCUACCAUGUCACACGCCAGAAUGCUCUAUGCUACCAUGUCACACGCCAGAGUGCUCUAUGUGACUAGCCUUCCCACUUGUAAUCCAACGAUGUAAACGGAUAUACUCUGUCACACGCCGAGUGCUCUAUGCUAUUAGACUUCAGACUUGUAAUCCCAACGAUGUUCUGUUGCGUUUUGUUUUGUUUUUUUCUGUGGCAGAAAUGUCUUUAGCAGAAGACACUAUCGCACCAUCUCACUUACACCAGUAAUGACCAUUCCAAUACUACCCCCCCUCCCCUCCUCGGCACCGCUAUCUCCCUGGUUUCUCUGUUGAAUGUGAUUUAUUUUUAGCACCCCGUAAUGUGCUUCAUUUUUAGCACCCUGUCUAACGCUAAAAACGACUCAAACGUAAUGGUUGCCGGACAGCUUCUGUCUUGAGCGCGGAAACAUUUGAUGACACGCAGUGUUAGCGCUGCACUUUUAGUUGUUGUUUAUGAGGAAACGAAUAAGCGAAAGUGGGAAGGGGGUGGGGGUGGGGUGGAGGCGGGUGUGUGUUAAGCCGACAACAUUAAUGGCUGUGAUAAUAUCGAUCUGAGGGGAACAUUCUUCUAGUUAAACCUCCGUACCUGAUGGAAAUGGAAGGCAGUUCAGUGUAUGUUGUAAAAGGACUGCAGUGUCUUGCGUAAAUAGACUAAUGUGUAUGUUGCAAAUGGAUGAUAAUUUCUGUUGUAAAUGGACCAAAAUUUCUGUUGUAAAUGGACUAACAUGUAUGUUGUAACUUGACUGAAAUGUAUGUUCUGACUGGACCGAAAUGUCUGUUGUAAAUGGACGUAGACGUAGGCCUAAAUGUUAAAGUUUAUUUAUAAUUGAGACAAGAAAGUCAGCAAACAAGAAAUGUCAUCUGGAUGUUUUUGAAAUUUUCAAUUAGUAUAUGAGCUAGACAUGGGGGCACACACAUACAAAGCCAAUUUAUGCCCGUUGGCCCAAAUGUUGAUAAACAUGAUAUUUUUAUUCUGAGAAAAUCCACGCGAUAAAUGUCUAUGUUACAAUGAUAAUUCACUCUGUCUACCAUGAUAUUCACUUUGACGGAUUUACCACGAUAAUCAUUUUUGACUAAUUUAUCAUGAUAAUUCACUUUGACUAAUUUACCAUGAUAAUUCUGACUAAAUUACCUUGAUAAUUCUGACUAAUUUACCAUGAUAAUUCCCUUUUACUAAGUUGCUAUGAUAAUUUGUUCUGUCUUAAAUACCAUGAUAAUUUAUUUUGACUAAUUUACCAUGAUACUUCACUUUGAAUAAGUUACCAUGAUACUUCACUUUGACUAAUUUACCAUGAUAAUUCACUUUGACUAAUUUACCAUGAUACUUCAUUUUGACUAAGUUACCUUGAUAAUUCACUUUGACUAAUUUACCAUGAUACUUCAUUUUGACUAAUUUACCAUGAUACUUCACUUUGACUAAUUUACCAUGUUACUUCACUUUGACUAAUUUACCAUGAUACUUCACUUUGACUAAUUUUCCAUGAUACUUCACUUUGACUAAUUUACCAUGAUACUUCACUUUGACUAAGUUACCUUGAUAAUUCACUUUGACUAAGUUACCUUGAUAAUUCACUUUGACUAAUUUACCAUGAUAAUUCACUUUUGUCUAAGUUACCAUGAUAAUUCAACAUCAUUUUUGUUCAUUCUAGGUGUGACAAUGGCAACCUAUUGUGCCUCCAAAAACACAGUUGACCUGGCCAUCGAUCCCUUGAUAUUAUGUAAACUAUGCCUGUCGGAGUGUCCUCUGGUGGAUAUGUAUGAACUGCUGGAGUGCAAGUGCCUGUUCUGUGAAAUGGUCAGUACCGGUCAGUACAGUCAGUACCGGGUAGUUGUUAGUUUCCACCAAUCCCACUCAUGGAAAGAUGGGAUUUAUCAGUUCAAAUCAAUCGAGAGUUGAACUUUCAAAAGUACUGCAUUCUGUUAUGAACCAGAAAUUACCAGUUCAUUACCUUCGUUGUCUAGGUUAAUUAAGCUACUUAACCAACCAAUGUUUUAUAGAACAAACGUCUCUAUUAAAUACACAACUCUGACAAUCUAACACUCCAUCACUGCUAUCAUUCCAAAACCAUAGCACCAACUAAGACAUCAUAUCCCCUUACCCAAAUAGUCACAAAAUCCCAGCAUAUAGAUACAGCUACACAUAUACUCUCUACACUAAACGCCUUUUCCAUACCCAACAUUCAGGCCCCUAUAUCUAGUUCACAACACCUGCUUAUAAAUAACUUAUCAAUGUGACCUUAAAUUAGAGAAACUAUUGGAACAAGAGAGCUAACUAAAUACAUAAUAGUAUAGAGAAUUUAAAAUCAAUAUGAAUUGGAUUUCUACAAAUGAUCUGAAUUUAUCAUGAAAAUAUUAAUGAAUUUUAUAGAACAAUUUAUUAUACAGGAAGUUUUUAAUUUUUAAAAAAUAGGCAGUUUUUAGAUUUUAUAAAAUAUAACAUUUUAUGUAAGCUUUUUAAUAAAAAUAGAUGGUUUGUCAUGUGACUUGUUUUCUUUUAUUAUUUUUAAAACUUUACUUGUAGAUAUCUUCAUUUUAAAAGGAACUUAAUUGAUAUUUAAUAAAAAUUUAUUUAAUAAAUACAAAUAACUGCUACUGCUAAUAUAUUUUAGUAUUUAUAGGAUCGCAUUGUAUCGUGCAUGCAAAAAUAUGCAUGUUUAGGCGGUUUGACACAUUUCAAAAAAAAAAUAAAGAAAGAAUCAACAACCUCUAGGAAACUAGGAACAGAACAUUUUCGUCAUUCAAAUACUGCCUGAAGCCUAUUUCCAAUGUCUAUCAGUUUAUCAUUUCAAAUAUUUCCAGUGUAUGAAGCAGUAUCUGUCUGUGAUGAUCACUGAAGGAUUGGUUGGAGAUCUCAGCUGUCCAGAUGCUCAGUGUAGAAAACAAGGAAAAAUUACAGCUGAUGAGGUCAGUACUAAAAGAUGUCUAGUAUCUAGUAUCAUAAAAUUAAAAACUAUUGUAAGUAGUAAACUAUAUAUAUAUUUUUUUUACAACUGAAGUAAGAAAUAAAGAUUUAACCACUGCUUUUACUGAUUUGUUGAUAGUGUGCCAAAAAAGAAUAUUUUGUUUGGGGGGGGGGGGGGAAUUUUUUUUUAAUUUUUUUUUUUUUAUUUUUUGGGGGGGGGGGGAAAUGUUUUGUCACCAUAUUUUCAUUAUUUAUUCAACUAAUUUAUGAAAUAAUUUAUGGUUUGGUUUUAUUUUUUAAAGAAAGGUUUACAUGUUUAAUGCAUUACUUGUAAGAAUAAGCAAUUACAAUAGAUGUAGUAUUUGGUUACUUUUUGCACAAAAUUUUAUUGUCAAUUCAAUGUUUUAGAAAGUCACACCAUUUCAAUUUCAAUGUAUAGUGGUAGCGGUGUCUAAAUACUGAAAAAUUUUCUUACAAAUGUACAAAAUGCCUUUACAUGCCAACAAAGCAGACCUCAGGUACCGACCGGUAAACAGCUAUAGCUGAUGAGUUGAUUAGUUUGUUUUCUAGGUGUCCACCACCCCCCCCCCACCCCACCCAACCCUCCUCUGCAAUUGGUUUUAAACUGUGAUUUGUCUGGUGCGUUUCAGAUUGAAAAAUUGGUAGAUAAACAGACAUUUCAUAGGUACAAGAGACUACAUUUUCAAAGAGGUGAGAACUGGUGGCCUUAUGCCAACUUUAUUAACAGUCUUAGAUACCUUGUACCUUGCACUUAAAGUGAGAUGUUUGAAAUCUAAAGUGCUAUUGUUACCUCGAACAAUUUAGGGCUCCAUAUUUUUUGUUAAGGUGUGAUAUUUGUAAAACUACUUUCCUGUUUGCAUCAUUAAGUCUAUGAAUUUUUGGGCUCAAAACUAAAGAUUGCUAAAUAAGUACAUCACUGGAGAUCAUUUGUUGGAACCUUCACUGACCAAUCAUGACUUGAGGUUAUGGGAUUUAGUUUUUAAAAUACAUUUUUUAAUAAUAAUUUUGAAAUACAAAUGAUUUUUCUUGUUAAUCAUGAUUAUUUGUAAUCUAAAAUUCUCUGAUAAAACAUUUUUUUAUUAUGUUGAGACCCAGAAACAAACUUUAUUUUUUAUUUUAUUUUGCUCAGAGGUAGACCUUGACCCCAACCGAACAUUUUGUCCCGAGAUUGGCUGUGAGACUGUCUGUCAUGUCUGCUCCUCUCAGUCGCACAUUGGCGGUGGUGCUGUUUCAACAGCAGCCUCUAUUCCUGUACAGUGUCCCACAGUAAGUGCCGACAUGACUGCAGCAGUGUGGGCAUUAUUUCUUACAUUAUUUCUUUUGUUUGUGGUGCAGUUAGUAAAUUUGAUUUUUUUAAAUUAAAAUUUAAAAAAAAAUACUAAUAUGAUCUCUUGUCAUUUGAUGAUAUUCAUUAAGAUAUAAAUAUUUUGCAAAGGCACAUUUUAAAACAUGUAGAGUAAUAUUUAUGAACUUCCUGAAACACAAUGAAGAAAACAUUCUAAAAAAGGGAAUUUGUUUGGAAUUUUACACCUAAACAUUUUUUAAAAAAUUUUUAGAUCAGGAUAUCUUAGUUUUUUUUAACCUAUCUUUCCAUUGCAUCUGUUUAGUGUGGUCUUCAGUUUUGUUCAAUAUGCAAGUCAAAGUGGCAUGCUCCAAAGUCCUGUGAUGAAGUAGUUACAUCUGCACCCUUAGAGGAAUUAGGGUGAGUACCUUGGGGACCUCAGAUCAUGUACAUGGUACAUUGGAGACCAUAGGGAUCAUGGGGAUAAAUUGUAUGUUUUAAAAUAAAUUUUUUUGUAUCAAGAUCAUGAAACAUUCACAGUUUCACAGGAAUUUUUAAUCGCUGGCAUGUACAAAUAUAAUUAACAACAAUGCUAUGUUAUUUUCUUCCAGUUAUAGAAGUAAGUGGGCUUGACGAAAAAUAACUCCCUUUGAAUGACAAAUUUAAAGUAAAUCAAAUCUAGCUUUUCUUAUUAGUCAAGUCAAUUUUUAAGGACUUGUAAAAAAACUUGUCUUCCUUCUCUGCAGAAUUCCAUUUCACAACACAGAUGAUGCCAAAAUCAAAAGAUGUCCUGUGUGCCAUGUUCCAAUAGAACGCAAUGAUGGCUGUGCACAGAUGAUGUGCAAGAGGUGUAAACAUGUCUUUUGUUGGUACUGUCUCCAGUCUUUGGAUGUAAGUCUUUUAUUGGUACUGUCUCCAGUUUUUGGAUGUGAGUCUUUUGUUGGAACUGUCACCAGUCUUUUAAACACAAUUCUUUUGUUGGUACUGUCUCCAGUCAUUGGAUGCAAAUUUUUUUACACAGGUUCUGGCAGAUUUUCCUCUAUUUAAUCACACUCAAAAAAAAGAAUAAUUCCAGUUUUCUUUAUAAUUUAUGCUAAUUUCUACUUAGAAUUUUGAUAUGAUGAGACUAGGAUAAGCCCCUUCCUCUCACUUUGAUGCAAACCUAAUUUUUUUAACAUAUAUGUUAUUUUAAUGGUCUCCUACUCAGUUGAAAUUUAGCUGUUUUAGUUGUAGUGUUUCAUAAGCUUCAUAAAAAUGUCAAAGCAUUUAAUCAAAAAUUUUAGCAUAAAAUUUAUUGCCAGCUCUUGGUAAUCAUGUGGUUGCAUAUAAAAUUAAGAGUUGAUAAACACUAUGUCAAACCAAUAAAUUUGAAUACCUUUUUUUCAAGGAUGACUUUCUGCUGAGACAUUAUGACAAAGGCCCCUGUAAGAACAAACUUGGACACUCCAGGGCCUCUGUAAUAUGGCACAGGACCCAGGUAAGGAGUUACCAGGAUAAUUAACUCAGAUAACUUAAUUUGUCCCCUGUUUCUUUAAUACCAGAAUAUAUAGCUGAAUCAUGAAUGGUCCUGACAGUACUGAAUUUAAAUCACUGGUGAUUGAAAAUGAAAAACACUACAAUUAUGAUUUGUUUAUUAAAUUUGAUAUUUUUCUUUUUAUAAAGAGGUCAUCCAUAAAAGACGUCCACACAAAAGGGGGGAGGGGGGUUCAGCAAAAAGUAGACUAAAGUGGACAAAGGUGGGGAGGGGGUUUAGGACAAAGUGGAUGUCCACAUUGUAGUGUUUUUUAUUAGUGCAGCAGUUUUGCAUAAAUUUACUGCAAAUUUACUGCCGGAUCACAGUUACAGUAGCAUGCCUUUUGAUCUCCAUUGUCCAUCGGUGGCUGGGAGAAUUUCCAAGAGAAUAUGUUUCUGCGGUAAAUAUUUCCCAUCACAGGCGGCAAUGAAAAAACAUAAGGUCGUCCAUUGCAAUAUUCCUGCUAGUGAACAUAAUAUGGCAGACGAAUCAGACGAAGAGACUGCCACUCAAAUUGAAUUAGCAAUUGAAGACUCAAGAACAGAUGCUGUCAUUAUACGAAACAUGUUUGAAUGGCUGCAGUCCGAAAUUUCCGUUGAUUGAAGAAUGGUGGAUUAUUUGUUUAUUACAUUUUUUAAUACUAUUUUAAUAGUAAUAAUAAUAAUAUUUUUUUGAACAGUUAUUAUUUCAUUUAGAAUUUUGCCUGCAAAUAAUUGUAAUUUCUAAAAAAAAAUCUUUUUAAAUACAUAAUCUUUAUAUUGUUGUACAUUUUCCCAAAAUAUUCAUUAAUUUAAGUUCGGUAAAUUUUAUGUUUUGGACGUCCACAACGGUGGGUCAAGUCAAAUAUGGAAAAAGGGGGAGGGGGGGGGGGUAAAAAAAAAGCAAAAAAUUGGUGGACGUCUUUUAUGGAUGGCCCCAAAGCAGAAAACUAAUCAAAAUUUUAAGUGAAAGAACUUUUUAAGAACUGAAAUUUUUUGUUCUUUAAUUACCGGUAUACAGAACCAGUUAAAGUGAUUUUCCCAUCUUUGUAUUAACUUUAUCAUGGGUUACAAAAUUUGUGACUGUGUGUAUAAUUUUAUUUUAGUUUUCUCUGGUGACUUAAUGAAUCAUAAAUACAAUGUUUAUUAAAAAAAUUUCAACUUUCUCUUUUCUUCCAGGUGGUAGGAAUAUUUGCUGGAUUUGGUGUUUUACUGCUGGUUGCCUCCCCUUUCCUCCUCCUUGCAGCACCUUGUAUCCUGUGCUGCAAGUGCAAGAUUUGCAGGUGCUGUGAUGAAGAAGAAGGAGAUGGCUUCUCCACUUGACACAAGGAGGCUAUGCUCUGAAUUUUGUUGCUUGUUCUGAUAAACUGACACAUCCUCUCCAUGUUAAAUGGAUCACCCACUUGAAACUAGACUGUGGGCUUUUCAGAAUAUUUGGUGCUUGUUCUGCUAUGGCUGUAUCUGUGUAACACAGGAGCUGACAUCUGGGUAUACCUGUGAGAUAAAUGAUGUGUCUGUCUUUGAGUUUAGAGCUGGCUGAGCAUAUCUGUUGCAUCAGAGCUGAGUACGUGCUUGACAUCUGGGUAUAUGUGUACCACUGGAGCUUAGUAUCUUUGUAACAAUGGAACUUGUGUGAGAUAUCAGACCUGUCUGUCUGUGUUGUUAGAGCUGAGAAUCUGUUUGACAUCAGAGUAAUGUAUAUGUGUGACGUCCGAGCUGAAAACUUCAGCAGCUGGAUUAUGAUGUGCCCUGUCCUAUUUCUAAUACAGGAAAAUAACUUUUUGGGGGGAAAAAAAUCACCAAUGUGUUAAUGUGUUGUAAAUGGUAUAUCUCACGCUGCUUCAAAUCAGAAGAGUCCUGGUACGGUACAAGCCAGUGAAAAAAAAACAACAAAUUACCGGUAUGUGAUAAAGAGGUGAUCCAUAUAGUGAAUACUAAAUAUUCCCAUUUCAGUCUCCCUUCCAGUUGUCUAGUGUAUAUUUUGGACAUCUAAAAUCUAACUAAACACUCUCUCCCCCCAUCUUUUUAAGAUCCAUAAGUUUGAGGCAGAUUUAUUUCAAACUAAUCUCCUGACACCCUUCCCCACUUUGGGGUAUAAAAUACCAGUAUAUGGUUGGCUCCCCAAGUACACCUUGUGUAUAUGCUCACAUAAAAUAUUAUUGGGGAGGUCUCUUUUUUUUAAAUUUGUAUUUAUACACCGUGUUUGAGGAUCUGUAGCUUUUGCUUAUUUUAAGUCUUUUGUUUUGACACUUUGUGUUGAAUUUAAUUUAUCUCACUUAUGUCAGGGGAAUUCACUGUUCAGUCCUUCACUUGUAUAAUUAGCUGUAAGAUUAAGUUGAAGGUAAAUCAAAAUGUGUGUUUGCGAACUGUCAAUCUAUUGCAACUCCAUUACAUUGAUUGCCCUGACAGUUCAAGUUGUAGGAUUAUGUUUUUAUGCUUAAUUCAUGUAUAAAAUCAAUCAUCAGUUGUGUGAUUACUGGUAAAUAAAAUCUUUUUUCUUUUACCGGUCCUGAGGAUCUUAUUUUCUUAACCUAAAAUGGUUGGAUUGUGUCUUUAAAAUAGGACAGGAUUUGUGCGGGCCAAAAGAAAAUAGGAUGGGGGGAAAGCUAUACUAUUAAGAAAAUAAUACGAAUAAAGAAUAUUUCCCGGACCCAAGUGGAUGCUGGCAGGCGGCAUGUGGCCUGCUUGACAAGGUUAAAGUAAAUUUUAUACGUCCAGCCAUAACAUAUACAAAUAUUUCUACCCUAUAAAUUAGUAUAAAUUAGAAAAGAAAAUUUGUUUGUCAUUUUUUUAAUUUAAGAUUCUCUGGGCCCUAUUUCUGAAAUCUAAUUUUAAUUUUCACUAAAGCACAGGUAGUUAUAAUUUAAACAUUUUGUUCAAUUUACUUCUUAAAUUUCAAUUAAGUUAUGUUAUUUAAAAAUCUGAGACUUAGAUUGGAAUCUGAGAUGGGUCCUUUUUAUUUAAACAUACAUUUAUAACAUUUAAACUUUUAUUACAUUACAUUAAAUAUUUCAUUCUUGGGGGAAGAAAGGUAGUUGUUGCAUACCUUUGUGAUUGUUGAAAUAAUUGUUCCUUGACUAUAAUUAGAAGUAGGAUUUUAAUAUAUACACUAGAGCUCACUGGUUGAGCUGCCCUAAUGGAUAUGAAAUAUUAUUUUCGUUUUAUAAAUUAUAUAUCAUGUAUGAUCUUUAAAUGCUCAUCUCAUAUAAAUUGCUGCUUUGGUUGAAAAUGGAGCUUGAUGAUUUGCUUUGAAUAAAAUUUGAGAGACAUAUGUUUUAAAUAAAAGACACAAUAAGUUGAAUCAUAAAAUAUAGUGUUCAAGUUUUUAAAAUAAGAAAAAAAAUAUUUUGUUCAGGACAUUUUCAAAUUUGUCUUGGAAAUUUUGAAUGCAUUUUGCUAAAUAAAUUUCCAGGGCUGAUCCAAAUUGUGAAUUUUUUUAGGUGAUAAUUUUCUUUUCAUUUAAUUUACAUUUUCCAUUAAGAUUUCAGUGUUGAAAUAUAAAUGUUUAAAAAAAUAAUUAAAAAUCCCUAAAAUUAAAAUAUUGAAGGAACUAAAGAUUGAAAAACACUGUGGUCAAAAUAAGUUGACAUACUAAUUGUUUAUUAUUUAAUGUUCUUUACAAGAAAUAUACAACAAAAAGCCAUUACCACACAUAUUUUAUAAUUUCAAGUAAAAAUGUAAAGCUCCCACUCCCUGAUAAAAGUGACAGAUAUGGUCUUUCAUUUCAGAAAGCUAGCAGCAAAUAACAUAACAGUACACUAAAGAUCUCUCUAUUGUGGCUUAUGAUACAUUUUAUGGGAUGUGUAAUAAAUUGUAGCAGUUUCCCCUAACAUUUGUUUAUAUUCUGCAGUCCUGUUAGACUAGGUCUUGGAGUCCCUACAAAAAUAAAAAUACAUUAUAACAAUUGAUCUAUAUUUUUUAAUAUACUGUUAUACAAAUACAACUAAAAAAUAUUUAAUUAAUUUAACUUGCUAUAUUAUAUAUACUGUAAAAAUAAUUUCACUGGCUCCCCAGGUUGGGAUUAGAUACUUGCUUCACAAGGGUGAGAGAUUUAAAUUCAAUAUCCUUAGGGUGCCCCUACAUAAAAUAAAUAAUUGGAUAUGAAAAUUAGGUAUUCAAUGUACAGUAUUUAUAAUUUAUUUGACUUACAUUAAUAUUUUUGAAGAGUGGAGCAGUUUUUCAAUUUUGCUAGUAUAAGAUGUCAUAGUAGUACUGGUAGUAGACACAAAGCUAUGUUAAGUUAUAUACACUGAGAUGUAUAUUAUGUUGUCUGUGAUGUCAUUUUUAAAAAGUACUGUAGCAACUUACUUUUUUUGCAGUGUCUAAUUUAAUUGUAUUAGCAACAUCUUGUGAUAAAAAUUCAUGUUAUAUUAAUUUAUACACUUGUCUUUACUAUAUUAUUUUUUAAAAUACUGUUAUCACUGAAAAUGCAGGUUUCUAAAUUUUAAAGCUGGAGACCACCCCCCCCCCCUGUUUGAUUUUCAAUGCAAAUAACUUUAGCAACAAUUCUAUACUCAAAUUUUCUAUUUUUAAUUGUAUUAGCAACAUUUUGUGAUAAAAAUUCAUUUUAUAUUAAUUUAUACACUUGUCUUUACUAUAUUAUUUUUUAAAAUACUGUUAUCCCUGAAAAUGCAGGUUUCUAAAUUUUAAAGCUGGAGACCACCCCCCCCCCCUGUUUGAUUUUCAAUGCAAAUAACUUUAGCAACAAUACUGUACUGAAAUUUUCUAUUGACAAAAUAUAAAGCCAGGAGUUUAUAAUAAAAAUGUGCUCUAAGAGUUUUGAAAUAGUACGAUUACUACUAAUGUAUUUUUAGCAUGCCUUUAUUUUUUUCUUUAGAACAUCAAUGGGCCUUUCAACACAAGAUUUGAUAAGAAACUUUUUAACUUGCAAAAUUUAUUUUGAAACUGAAGAGGGAUCUCAUCACAAUUUUUGCAUGUAAUUUAUUAGUCUUUCAGUGUCAUUGAAAUAUGCCAGUCAUUUAUUUGAUAAAU